UCUUCGUGGCAAUCCACAGUUGUUCCCCCUCGCGCGCCGAGCUUAUGAUAUGAAUUCGGCGAGCAAUGUUAUGGCGAUGUCAAUGGACAUCGCGUCGCUGUGCUCGAAUGCACACCCUCCGGAGACUUCGCUUCUUGUCUCACGUUGAUCUCCCUCUUUCGUCACCCGCUCAAUCCUCCAUUUGCAGGGCUCACGCCUCUUCUUCCCGAGAGAACCUCCGACAAAUUCGCCAAUUCGCCGAUAAGAAGAAGCUCGCUCUGACCCCCGACGUCGUGUGCUCCACUUUGUCGAGCUGCCCCUCCGAUUUGAUUGCUCUGAGAUUCUUUCUGUGGUGCGCUAAGCUACCUGACUAUUUUCACGAUCGGCGUUCGUUUGAUCACAUGGUUAAUGUGGUUGUGCGACUUGGAAAUCGCUACGGGACCGUGAGCUGCAUUGUUGGGGAGCUGGAGAAUAUUGGGUGCGCGAAAAAGGCGCAGACUUUCCUUCUUCUGUUGAGGAUUUACUGGCAUGGAGGAUUGUAUGAGUUGGUCCUCGAGACUUUCGAGCAAAUGGCGAGGUUUGGUUUCACUCCCAACACGUUUGCACGCAACAUAUGGAUGGAUGUGCUGUUCAAGAUGGGACGGGUUGAUGUUGCUCUUGAGGUCUUGAAGCAGACUCAGGUUCCGAACUUUUUGUCUUAUAAUAUUGCGUUGUGUAAUUUGUGUAAAGUAGAUGAGCCCAGUAAAAUAAGGGAUGUUAUCAGAAGUAUGUUGAAGAAUGGUUUUUAUCCUAAUAUUGCGACGCUUGAGAUGGUUUUAAAUGCUUUUGUAAAGAAGUGUAGGUUAGUAGAGGCAACUCAAGUGUUGACACUAAUGAUAACGAUGGGUGGUGCUGUAUCUGUAAAUGCGUGGAGCAUGCUAAUAAAUGGGUUUUGUCGGCUACAGCGAUUUGAUAUGGCAGUAUAUUUGUUGGGGAAGAUGGGUGACAGUGGCUGUACCCCUAAUGUUGUUACUUACACUUCUCUAAUAAAGGGAUUCAUGGAAUCCCAGAUGGUUAAUUGUGCAUUGAAGAUAUUAAGUAUCAUGGAGUCAAAAGGGAAUGCUCCUGACUUGGUUCUUUGUAAUGUACUCAUAGAUUGUUUCUGUAAGAAUGGGCGUUGUGAUGACGCACUUGGUAUUUUCAUUAGUCUAUCUGAACGAAAUCUGGUACCUGAUUGUUACACCAUCUGCUCAUUGUUGACGACCCUUUGUCGUUUGAGGAGGUUCUCUCUUGUGCCCAAGUCAGUGAUUGAACUUGACACUGAGGCAGACCUAGUGCUUUAUAACUCUCGUUUGAGUUACUUUUGCAAGGCUGGGUUACCAUCCAGGGCUGUAGAUUUGUAUGACGAUCUGAUCGAUAGUGGUUUCACACCAGACAAGUACAGUUUUGUUGGAUUGUUGAGCGGACUUUGUGGAGCAAGAAGAAUUGGUGAAGCAAUAAAUGUAUAUAAGGGUAUUGUAAGGAGUGGUUCUGAUCUUGAUGGUCAUGUGCAUACAACCAUCAUCAAUGGUCUAAUCAAAGUUGGUAGAUGCCAUCAAGCAAUUAGAUUUUUCAGGAAAGCCAUAGAGGAGAAAUAUGAGGUGGAUGUUGUAUCCUACACAGUGGCCAUUCGUGGACUUUUUAGGGGCGGUAGAGGUCAUGACGUUAUUGCCUUGUAUGAUGAGAUGAAGGGGGUUGGCAUAUCUCCUGAUACACAAGUGUAUAAUAUGAUGAUCUCUGGAUUUUGCAAAGAUAAAGAUGCCAAAAUGGUGACCCAUAUACUGCGCGAAAUGGUCGAUGGGAGGAUAGUAUUAAGCUCUAAUAAUUUUAAUAGGAUAUGUAGUUUUCUUUCCAGAUCACACGGUACACAUUUGGCUUUUGGUCUGUUAAUCGAGAUGAGAGAUUUGGGAUUGUUUCCUGCUGAGGAAAAUGCAUUAUGUAGUCAUGGACUUGCGCCGGAUGCACGUAUAGGAGGAGAUAUACAUUAUUUAAUUCCCUCAAGCCUUUCAGAAAGUAAUUUGUCUUCAGACGCAUCUUGCUCUGAGGACAUGUCAGACAGGGCUGUUUCAGUGGGUUGAGGAAUGAUUAGUGGACGAAGUACAGAGCUAAAGCAACAGCAACCUGUGAUUAUCGGUACCGAGGAAAAUCUGCUUGUCAAUGGUACAUAUCUUGGGGGACGAUAUUGAGAAGGGAGAUUCGACAAGGUUGUGUACAUUAGAGUGCUUGAAAUGGCGUCUUGAUGAAUUGGCAGAAAAUUUCCUUGCAUAAAUUAGGAUGAAAGGUUGGAAGGAGUAAUCUGCCUCCAUGAAGGUUAGUUAUAAAAUUUAUGAAGAUUUUUUUUUUUUUUAUUUUCAGUGAUUAAGAGUUGGUGUAAAUUUUGGACUGGCAUGUAGUUGUGCAACUUGUUGACUGAAGCAUGACAAGCUAAUUGUUAUUUUUUCACUCAAAACUUGUUUGUCAUGGAUCCUCUUCCACAGCAGUCAUAACUUCCUUCCUGGUUCCAGGUACUUGAGUUUCUGUUGAAAUGGUCAAUGCGAGUCAUGCAACUAUGAUUUUAUAGCCACGCCUGAUUCGACUUCCUUCAAGAUCCUUUUAUCAGUAAUUGAUACGCAUGGGAUGAUAAUUCAGAAAGAAUCAACUCAUUUUGUGCCGGCCUGACGUUGUCGAGAGAUCUGAAGUACCUUUCUCUUCAUUUGAAAUGGCUUCUGCUGGACUGCAAUCUGCUGCAGGUGUCAUGAUGCAGAAAAUCCUAAUCUUAAUGAAUCUUGCAAUUUGGUCCCAUCCAGAGCAACCACAAUGCUGCCCACAUUCUGAUAUUGGGGGUCUUCAUUGCCUAUCUUCCUUGGUUUCUUUUCCUUAUUUGUUUUCUUGGCCCAUCAGAGAUGGAGGGUAAUACUUGGAAGUGGUGCGAGGGUCUUGUUCAUGAUUUAUUAAGAAAAGUUGUUUAUGCCACAGUGUUAAUUUACUUCACUGAAUGUUUAAUUGAUUUCUCUUGAUAUUUCAGGAGGAGAGUUCAUUGCUCCAUGCUGUCACAAAGAACCCCAAGAGUACAUUGAUUUUAUGUCUCGAUCUCGAUAAUUGAGGUCUUCUAAGGUAAUUUCUUAUUCUUUCCGGGAAAUCUUCCUUCGUAACAUGGUGACCUUAUGCUCUGGUUUGGCACACGAAAGCUAGAACCGGAUCAUGGGCUUUCAUAGAGUAUCUGCUAUUGUUGUGCAUCUGUUAGCAUAGCUACUAGGUUGCAUUCCUUCAAGUGAUUAAUCUAAAUCUCUUUUCUCUUUUGCUCAUGACUCUCUUCCUACAUGCCAGGAGGGUCUUCCUUUUACACCACGUACAGAAUGCAGGGCGGUUUUCUCUAUUAUAUGCAGAUGUGCCACCUGAUCGCUGGUGGUUGCAGUUGACACUCCCAUUCCUUGCUCUGCUAGUUAUCUCACCC